AUGCGCAGUGGCACUCGCGAGGGCCUACAGCAAGGUUCUCAAUCGUCUUCUGUAUUGCCGUCAUUAUCUCCAACCUCCACACCGUGUGUGCCAUCACCGGAGCAGCCCUCAGCAGGUGUAGAGGCGGUCAAGUAUGCACUGGCGCCCCAGGGACCAGCCAGUCCGCUGCAGUUUAGUAUCUUUUACACGGAGGAAGAGCAUCGUGUUCGACUCGAGACGCAUGAGACGGAUGAGCGGCGGUGUCUCUAUCAAGCGCACAAGGCUGUACUCUCGGUUUAUCGCAUGUGGGCAGCAGAGGAUGCCGACGCGGACUAUGGCGACGGCGACAGGCUGCUGCUGCCACCUUCACGAAGGGGCGAUGACAUGUCGACGCGGUUUCUCGAGGACCGCUUCUGCUCGAGUACUUCUAACAUGCCGAGUAGGAAUGCAGUCGACCCCAAGGCACAGGUCCCCCCUCUCGCCACUGUCACUACCGCCAACGCCGCUGCCGCAGGUUGGGUGCGUUCUUUUUUGAGCUCAUCUAUCGACAGCGCCCGGGGUCGGCGAAGCGUGGGGGUUGACCAGAAAGGCAACACCACUAGUUGUUUGCUGGUACACCGAUCCACGACACCCAGCAUCAUGUAUGCAGGCUCUGACGCGGAGGUGCGCCGCGCCUCGCCCGAUCACCAGCCUCACCCCCAGACGUCCCACAAUUCCUCCCCUGCUGCAUCUCGCAUGCUGGACUACUCCUCCAUGCAGAUGCCAGAGACAGUAGCAUCGCUCAUGUAUACCUCAAGCGAACCACCGUCAUUGGUGUACCAAGCGAAGUUGUUCUCUCCCUGGCGCACCGCCCGCAGCACUCAGCAGGAUGCGGCGGCACAGCGUGCGGAAGGGAAGGCAGACGUGCACAUGGAGCCCAGUGCUACCCAGAACUAUAGUCUCGGUCGACCUCAGAGAGAUUCAAGGACGUCUCUAGUGCCGCAUCUGGUGAGCACGUUACCCGCUGCAGCUCACCGCGCAUCUACCGCUGCCUCUCUCUGUGCGUCAUCCGAAGCACUGUGGCGGCGAAGUGUGCUCGAGUCGCGAUUGCCGGCGAAGGCUGCGGCCCCUUGCACAGAUCUGUUGCGAGGCGCCGCGCUGCCCGCCGCACGCAUUAGCGCUGCCACGCAAGACCCGUCACAAUCGCUUCGUGCCGUCUCGUUCCCUGGCGUAGGGAGUUUCUCAAGCCACUCCUCAGCUCAGACGGAGGGGCGUGAUGCAUCUCACGCCACGUCGAGCCGUGUGUGGAAUGCCAGCGUGAAUCGCGUUUCAACCUCAGCUGCGAGUCACCACAUCAACCCCACUACCGAUGACUCAAGGGAGAGUCGCGUUGCGAGAGACGUUAGUCGCUACACAACCAGCGAAGCCUUUCGACUUCGCCACCUUGCUGCAUUGUCCAGCACCAGUAGCGGUGGCGUUCUGCGCAGCCCGCGUGACGGCAUCGCUACGAAGCAGAAGACACUACAAGCGGCGCAGCGCCCGGAGGACUACCACCGCGAGCGGCUCAGCAGCUACGUUCAGUACAAGCGGUUCUUUGACGCUGUCUACGGCGAGCAAAGUUCCUCACCCCUGUCUGUGCGUGAACCUGAUGCGCGGCAGAGCACUGCGGAGCAGGCUAGUGUGGUGUCCCCACGAUCUAUGCAGAGACUCUCAUCUACGUCUGUUAACGUCGGCCACAGGGAUAAAGGUGCGAGUUCGUGGGCGCGGCGAUUGCCGACGGCCUCCUGUUCAUGCCAACGAGUGCGGUCGCCUAAGCUCAUCGCUCGUUGCGACGUUCAGCAACCUUUGCCACGCGCACUGACGCCCCUAUCCGAUGCACUUACUACAUUUUCUGCGUGGGCGCCCAAACCUGCUGCGUGGCUUACGGGUGGUCCGGCGCUAUCAACGGCAUUGGCUGAUGACACCUUCUUCACUGGACGUCUCACCCGCCUCCUUACGCUGGAGAAGCUAUGCCGCGCCGAGCUGCAGCGGCGCUGCAUGGAGGACCAAAGUGUGUUGCUGCACCACUUCAUUGUAGAAGGCACGGCAACCCUGCAGCGGAGCCGCCGUGCGAUCGUGCCGCUGAACAGACACAGGCAGCGCACCUCGGAGGGCAGAACAGAGGCGUACCGACUGGCGCCCUCAUGGACCUUCAUUGCAAACAAAGUGGAUGAGCUGUGA